GAGAAACAUUGUAACCAGCUCCGUUCCGGGGUAUCGCGGAGCAUCAUGGCCUUAUCUCGCUUAUUUGGCGCUUUUAACACCUGAAGGUACCCCCGGGAGGCGUGGAGAGCCAUGCCCAGCACCUGCAGAAGGAGAAUAAUGCAGUGCAAAAAGAUCUGAAACGGAAGUCAACUUUGAAUCUCAGUCCAUUGAAUGAUCUCCCCAGGAAGGUGACAGAUCAUGGCAGCUAACUGAAUCUUGGAAGUGUGGUAGCAUUAAGACCUUGAGUGAUAUGGUUUCCACGUUGUUUGUAUACUGAAAAUAUAUAAGAUACAUGAGUAUAUAUAUGUAUGUAUGUAUAUGUGAUAUAUAUAUACGCAUUAAUGAAAAUAUGUUAGAUAUGGUACCUUGAUUGAAUUACAAGUGUAGCAGAGACAAAAAAAAAUGAUAAUGAUGUAUGCCAGGUGUAAGAGAAGAUGAACUCAAUGCACAACAGUUUUGGUGGUUCAGGAGGGUACCCGGGGCCCUACCCUGGGUAUGUGCCACCCCCAACAGCCCUCCCCUACUACAACGGCUACCCAGGCGACCUGACUCAAGUAUCCAGCCCUUAUUAUGGCAAACCAGCCGCCGUCCCUCCAGGGUAUUCCUCAGGCAUGGGCAGCUACUCUGCCCCACCCAUCAACAACUCUUCAAUGUACUACCAGCAGUAUGGGCUUGGGUACCAGUAUGGGUACACAAAGUAUGGCCUGGGGUCAGGGCUGGGCUCCAGUCUGGGUUCAAACCUGGGCUACUCUUCAGAGCUUGCCGGAGCCUCAGGCAUCACGCCUCCCUCCCUGGGGGGGCUGCAGGCUCCCACCACGGACCUUGGCUUAACAGGCUCUAUGUUCUCAAAAGGGAAAUACAAUGGUGGGCAGGGUAGUCCGUCACCACUGACUGCUGCUGGACUGGGUGUGGGCCAUGGGGGAUCAUCUUUAUUAUCACCUGUUACUUCCACGCCUCCAUCCCCAGGACCUCACAACAUCCCAAGUGGACUAGCAGGAACAGGUGCAACUCCAAGCCCCCCAGUCGACAUCAUUGAAUCGAAGAAAGACCUGGACAAAAUGCGAAGAUGUCAGGUGUGCGGGCAAGUGUUUCGUCUGAUGAGUGAAUGUCUCGCCCACAUGAAAUCGGUGCACGCAGUUCAUGAAGCGCCACUCAGUGUGUACAGCUUACAGCACAGCGCUGGAAGUCACCUCACUCAGUCUCUCUCAUCAACAACCUCCUCGGGAGUCCCCUCUGCCCUCAGUUCGAGCCUUGGGCCCCCCAACAGCACCAGAGCAGGUGGAGUGGGUGCUCCUGACAGCCCCCUGAUGGCAUUGGAGCGUAUGGGCUGGGGGGAGAAGCAGAGCCUUUUGCCGUCUCUGCAUGCAUCCCCCUCACCUCUUACUCCAGCUUACACUCCUGCUCCAGCUGUCACUCCUGGGCCUCAACACCCGUCCACCCAGCACCUGUCCAGCCAACACAUGUCUAGCCAACACCCCCCUAGCCAGCACCACCCACAACACCACUCAUCUCAGCACUCGGCUCAACACACCUCCAAUCACCACCCUGCCUCUCAAACCCCCCCAGCACCACACCCCCUGAUGGAGACCAGUCAAGACCACCACAGUGCGCGAACACCAGUUAGUAGCUUAUCCAUGACAUACUCCAUGAGGACAGAUACGCAAGUUUCUCAGGCUCAUAGUAGACAUGCGUAUUCAAGCCCAACAUGCUCAGUGCCAGAGAAUAUUCCAGUGAGUGACACCAGAACUGAGAUAGGAGUAAGUUCAAAUUACAGUAAGCCAAGGAAAACAAGUUCUUAUUCAGUGUCUAGUAUUAUUGGAGAAACAAAAGAAAGGGUGAUUGAACGUGAAAGUAAUGUUGCACAUGAAAUACCUAAUAGUUUGACAGGUCAUAGUCCAACCAGAAGACAGGUGUCCCCAGCAGGAAGAUCAUCUAUGCCAGAUGGGUUUGAGCAGAGAAUAUCACAGCUGAAACAGCAGUCGGCAGAAAACUCUCACUGUUCACGGACUGCAUCUCGGACAGCUGCCGAGGAGUACAGCAUGCCAGAGAGGGAGACCCAGGGGCAGAAGGAGCAAGUAGUGCCAGAUCAGCAUCACAGCCAGCAAGUAGAUGUGCACAAAGGAUUGCAGAUGUCCCAUGGAACACCUGACAGCCAGAAAGAGGACCAAAAGUCCUUGGCAGAUGAGAGGAGAGAUGUUCCUGAGGAUUUGUCACGUCAUGUGCCGUCAUCCCCAACAACUAUCCAUGGAACACUCCCCUCUCUCCACCAUGUUCCAUCAAGGGAAACCUCCCAUGUUCAGGAAGAGAUGAUGUAUGAAAAGACAGAAAAGAAACGCCACCUGAAUUCUCGUAUGGAAGAUGCCAGUGAUUCUACUCGGGUGAAUUCUCCACAGCAGAAAGAGGAUGACAGAACUAACAGUUCCAUAGUAAAUCAACAACCUAGUCCCCAGGAGGUUGCCAAGGAGCCAUUAUCCAUGGAAAAGGCCACUGCAGCUUUGAAGGAGCAGGUGUCACAGAUUGGUAAGAGGUCCUGGAGCCCAGCUCAGUCUCACUAUGUGCAGCAUCAGUUGCCACAGCAACAGCAGACUAGCUAUCAACAGACUAAUCAGCAGCAGCAGCCAGCAUCUGGUGCACAGCAUCAAGUACCACAGCCAAAACACCAGCAAGCCCAACAGUCUCAGCAUCAACAGUCACAGUUAUCACAGCAACAGUCACAGCUGUCCCAACAUCAACAGCCACAGCCUCCACAGCACUUGCAAGGCCAGCAGCAGCAGCAACAGCAGCAGCAACAGCAGCAGCAGCAGCAACAACAGCAGCAGCAGCAGCAACAACAGCAGCAGCAGCAGCAGCAACAGCAGCAGCAACAGCAGCAGCAACAGCAGCAGCAGCAGCAGCAAGGGCAGCAGGUUCACCAUCAUCAAGGGCAGCAGUCCCAGCAGAACUCCCAGCAGCCACAGCAGUCCCAGCAUCAAGCACAACAGACUCAGCAGCCCCCACAACUUUCCCAGUCACAGCAACAACCUCCACAAAUCUCCCAAUCCCAACAGACCCAGCAGCUAUCACAGCCACAGCAGCAGUCACAGCUGACACAGGCACAGCAGCCCCCACAGAUUCAAGCUCAACACCCACCACAGCUGUCCCAGGCUCAGCAGGCCCCGAAGCCACAGCCGCCCCCAUCACAGCAGCCGCAGCAGCACCACCACCCACAGCAGCAGAGGCAGCCCCAACAGCCUGGCUACUCCAGCUGGUCAGGCGGCGUGGGCUCAGGAUACUCAGGUCAAGGCACUCAGUACCCGUAUGGAUAUUCUCAGGGUAGUAAUAGUCAGUCUUCUGCAGGCGGUCAGCACCCCCAGUCUCCCAUGGCAGCUCACAAGUCCUCCAGCUACCACCCCAUGCCAAAUAACUAUGCAUCUCCAUAUGGAGCAUCGCCAGGCUCAGGCUAUCCUCCUGAGCUGGCUGGCCGGGGCCCCCCAGGUCAGCAAGGAUAUCCAGCUGCCCACUGGUAUGCUGCAGCUGGUGCUGGCCGCAUGGACUCUAAGUCAGGCUGGAAUAUCUGGGGUGGCCAGGGCCACCAGCCUGCUGGCUUCCCACAGUCAUAUGCUCCAUACCCAUACCCAACUGCAGGCCAGCAGCAACAGCAAAAGUCACAGCUUUCACAGCAGCAGCCACAGCAACAACAUUCCCAGCCACAGAAACAGUCACAGCCAGCACAGCCUCAGCUGCCACAGCCAUCACAGUCUCUGCAGGCACAAUCACAGCAAAUGCUGCAGUCUCAGAUCAUGCAGUCUCAGCCGCAGCCCCCAAUACAAACGCAACACCAACCCCCUCAGCCUCAGGGUGGGCCUCCCCAGGCCCUCCAGACACAGGGGCCUCAGCCCCCUCAGCCCCCUCAGCCCAAAACUCCACGCCCAAAAACACCACAGUCACAGCCACAACCACAAACUGUGCCUCCACACACACCUCAGCAACAGCCACAUACCCCACAGGCACAGCAGCCUCAUACCCCUCAGCAACCCCCACACACCCCACAGCAACCCCCACACACUCCUCAGCCACCUCCACAAACACCACAGCAACAGCCACCACAGAUGCAGCCACCACAAGCACAGCCACCCUCCCACUCACAGCCACAACAACCACCGCAACCACAACAGCCACAACAACCACCGCAACAGCCACAGCAACCACAGCAACUACCACAACAGCAACAGGCCCACAAGCAACAGCCAGAACCACAACUCCAGAUGCAGCAGGAAGUGCCACCCCAGUCAAUGGCAGCAACACCUGAGCCCCAGGCAGGAGAGGGGUCACAGGAGGCUCUGGCCUCCAGACAAUCAGAGCAAGAUCUGGAGGAAGCUCUUGAGCAAGAACCUGCAGAGAAUGAGGAAGAGGAGCAGCUUGGGCAUUAUCCGCCUGCCGAACGGGCAAAUGCAGAGGAUCCUGAUUUCCAGAAGGAAAAACUUGCUGCUGUAGACAAUCACAUGGAUUACCAAAGCAAGUCAAAGGGAACUGCUCGGCCCCCAACAAAUUCAGUCCCAAAGAAACCUGUGUAUAAGAUUGGACCCAAGAGCAAAACAUUGGCAGCUAAACAAUACAGCCAAAUUGAUGAUCUAGAUGACUACAAGUGCACUAUAACAGUCCAUGAAAAUGGGUCUGUUAAUGGCUAUGGGGUCCUGCCCACUCAUCCCUCAGCAGUGAAAGGUAACUCUCAGUCCUGCGAUUCCUCAGAUAGUGAAAUAAAUAGUGAAGAUGGAUCUCCAACCUUUGUUCAGCUUAGACCAGCAAAACGACGCCGUAAAAGUCAAAGCCGGGAGGGAAUCUUCAUAGGUCCUAAGCGUGUCAAACAGGCUAGGCUCGUGAGAGAGCGGCAGGAGCGCCGGCACCGCCACCUGCAGGAACAACUGCGUCAGACCGAGCUGGAGGAACAAAUCCAAGCAAUAAGAGCUGAGAAGUCGAGUGAGGAGGAUGGACCGCUUGGCAACAUGUUAGUCAAAUCCUCCAUCAUCUUGGCAGACUCACAGAUGGAGGAACAGGACAAUGUAGAGCAGUGCAUUGCCACCAUCAAGGCGCAGCAGAUGGCCGUCAACUCAUCUGAAUCAGGCAAUGAGCCUGACAGUGGGGACAAACUUUCAUCAUCCUCGGGGCAGGUGGUGGGUAAAAAAGCAAAGAAAUCACAUACCAGUAAAGUGUUCCAUAAUGAGAACUCAGUGAUCAUAAAAACGCUUCCACGACCUGUGUCAACUCGUAAGUUAAGAGCCAAGGAUUUUAAGUGGAGCCAUUAUAUUAAGUCUAUGAGGUACUGGUGUAGUGACUGUGCUCAUGGCUUUAAAAACCAGAAGGAAGUGGCAUUGCAUUCCGAAGACCGGUGCAAAUGGAACUGUCUCUACAUGCUUGAGUGUUACGUCAUUGUGAAGGAUGUCCAAGCUCACCCUCAGUAUGGACCAAAGGUCCAGGAGCUACUAGAGGAGUACCAGGUGGACGGCCAGCACAAGUGCAAGACCUGCGGGGAGAUCAUUGCGCGCAAGGCUGACUUCCUGGUGCACGUGGACACCCACAAAGACUUCAUGCCGUGGGAGUGCACCAUAUGCGGCUCGCGCUUCAAGAUCCGAGGCUCUCUCAAGGAGCACCUGCGUUAUACUCACAUGAAGGGCCGCGUGCCCUGCCUCAAGUGCAAUAAAGUGUUCCCAACCUCCACUCUACUCAGACAGCAUGUUAAGGUAAUCCAUUCCCACAGUAUCAAAGAGUCAUCCCAAAAGCUAGGCUUGGCUAAGGUGCAUACUCAACACUACAAGUACAAAACCACAAAGAACCGUGAUGAGGAGCUGAAGGCGGCCAUGGAGGCGACUGCAGGGGCCAUUGACACCAGUGCAGAGGUGGUGGAGGACGAAGCAGAGAAGCUCUCAGACGAGGCCAACGAGUACAGGAACUGGUGUAAGCUCAUGGAGAUCAAUGCGAUGAAGAACAUUGGUGCCAGUACAACAAAUGCCCCGCCGGAGGAGAAGAAGAAGGCCGGCAACAGCAGUUAGUGUCUGUUGUGAGAGGUAGUGAGUGACUGGGCUUUGCAGGGGGGCGAUGGAAGGACGCCCAUCCCCGACUGUGCUCGGUUUGGUAAUGCUGACGCACCCUGGCUCAUUUACCCUCAGGAAGGUGCAGUUUUUGUGUUCAGUGGGAGGGAAAAAGACGUUCAUCCUGUGUGCGCACAGGUUCCCUUCGGCACCAAGGCACUUGUGUGAAGAUGUGAAAGGAGAGAGUUAAAGAGAGGAAAGGAGUGAGUUGAGAUGCACCUUGGCAAAGGUAUCGUAAAAAGUGAUGUAGAGAAGUCUUCUGAUGUAGAUUAUUUAUUCUUGAUCUGUUGGAAAAUGGAAGAGCAAUAAUAAUAUUAGUACUAACAGGGCAGUUGUGUUUGAAAUUCUAGCUUGAGUGUGGAAGAAAGUUUGUUAGUCAUUAGAAAAAUCUGGAAUUAUGAAGGAAAAGAACCUCAUAAAUAUUUGAUAUCAAGAUUACGGUGGUGCAAUAGAUCUCAGUAGUGAGAGUGAAGUCUUCACUGUCUGUAUUUGGUGCAGCAGAGACAGCAGAUGUAUCCAUAAAUGAUAUGAUAAUAUUAUAGACGGACAAGUCUGCUAGCUUACCUCCGAGUGCCAUAGAACUGUGAUUUUGGUGCGAUACUCAGUUCUGAAUGGUGUGUGAGUCCCAAGUGGACUUUAAAAAAAAAACUGAUAUUCAAUGCAGGGCAGAUGUUAUGUAUGGCACAGGAAUCUGGACAGUGUCCACCAUGCUGGUCUCCAAGACAAAUGUAUGGGUGAUUUCAUGUUUAUAGCAGCUUCAUAUCACAUGUUUGUACAUAAUGACAGUGUGUGAGUAGUUUAUGUAAGUACGUGACCACCAGUGUUGUGCUUUGUUUGUGUAAUUAUAGAUAUUAAAGUUUUUGAAGAUAGGGAAUCUUAACUUAGGUUUUUAUUUGUACUUAUGAUUGUUUUCUACUACCACUACUACUUCUCCUACAUGAUUUGUGGUUUAUAGGCUAUUUUUUGUCAGAAAUAGUUGUGAACAUGAAAGCAUUUACAAUUAUGCAGGUUUUCUGUAUCUGCAUAUGGCAUUUAUAAACUGCAGGUAAUUUGCUUUUAGAUAUGUUGCCUAAGCUUUUAGCUUGUCUUAUCUAAUCUAGGAACAAGUGUACAGGUGCAAUGUAAGUAUCUUGGUGCUGCUUUUUGGCUGCUGUUGGUUACAGAGUAAACAGGGUGACUUUUGUUAGGAGUUAAAUGUUGUUCAAGUUACUUUUUAUUGGUACUCUAUUUUUAAAGUAUUUAUUUGCUUAGCUGACAGUUAAAAGUCGUUGCUUCCUAAGGUGUGGUGAAUGGCCUGGUGUGUGUGCGAGGAUUGUGAUACAUGUGAUGGCAUAAUUCAGUUCAGGAUGUUUUUGUUUUGUUUUGCAAAUGAUACCUUUUUUGUAUUUCGGUUACAAAGCUCUAAUGAUCUGUUAUAUUGUUAAAACUUACAGUAAACAUAUGCAUAUGAUGGUACUGAAAGGAAUAAAUUGGAGGAAGAUCAAAGUCAACGCAUUGUUGGAUCAGGAUCUUUUUUAUUUUCUAUUGGGUGUUGGUUUCCAUUUCAAUUUAAGUUUUACUAACAUGUGCAUGUAUGUGUUGUAGAGUUGUUUAUACUUAUUGCUAAAUCUUGUGUCUUGUGUUGCGAAUCUUCCUCAUUUUGAAGCAAAAUCAUCAUUGUGGCAACUACUUACCUGUUAAUUUGGUCAUAGCUGUUAGUGUCAGCAUAUAUAUGCAGGAGGUGGGGAAGAGGUUCCACUUUUUGUACUUUGGUGCUAUUUAAGUUGCUGUUUUACAGAGGUUGUGGUCUGAUAGGGAAAAGUUUCCUUUUCUUGUCUGUUCAGUGAUAAAAUUCUUCAGUAAAGUUCAAUUUCUUUUUAUUUCUUUAAUAUGACAGGGAUCAAAUGUAUUUAUUACAUAUGAUAAGAAAUCUAAAAAGGUUUGUAUGAUUAAUAUAGAGAUUUUGUGUUUCCUGUAUAAUUUAUGGAAAUGAAUAAUUGUUAUUGCUUGGUAUGUCAAGUUGUCCUAACCUUUGUUGUUAACACUGGUUGGCUGGGAGGUGGAGCCCAGCUUCUCAACAUGUGAGUACAACUCUUUACUUAAUAUUUUGUUGUUUGGGGGAGUUUGCAUCCUUUGCAGUUGUUAGGAUACUUCCAUUUCUAGAUAUAGGUAAGGAAUGAUGACAGCAAAGCUGUGACUGAGAGAAGAGAAACACUACUACUAUUGGCCAAACAUGUCACUGGUUGAUGUGAAAAGUUUCCUUUUCAUUCUGUGUGUGUAUCAGGAUUCCCCUUUACUGGAUAGGAAUUGCCAAUGAGUUUAUUUUCCGUAAGCUAACUGGUAGAAAAUGAUCUGCAUUUUUGUAUUCCAUGGUUUGGGCUUCCAUGCUCUGUUGAAGUGACAGGCAUUCACACUCCAGAGUAGCAGGGUCACCCACAGUUUUAUUUUUUUUCUUCUUCUUCUUCUUCUUUUCCUUCUAUUUUUAUCAGGAAUUUCUUUUCUGUCUGUUUCCAUUCACCUUUUCUUUUUUACCAUAUUUUGCAUCUUUUGUUACUUUUAAUAGUCUUUUAUGUUACGUUAAUGUAUUAUGAACUUGUACCUUUUUGCCUUCCCAGUUUUUCUUCCUUUCUUCAGAGACCAAAACUUAAUUUCUUUGCCUCCAAGAACCAAAUAUAUUUAUGAACCCGAGUGAUCUGCAAGGAGAAGGCUCAGUGCAUGUCAUGCGCGGCUUUCCACCGCGUUUGUCCACGGAGAAGGGCAGGAGGAGGGACACUUUCAUAUAAUGGUGCUGAUGACAAGGGUGUAUGUGUUGACAUGGUUUUUGUGCAUUUGUUUUUAUUGUUUGAUUUGCAGAUUUUUUUUUCUUUUCUUUUCUUUUUUUUUCUUUUUUUAUUUAGAAGGAAGGAAGGACAUGAUGAUGAUGAGCUUACAAAAAUAAUGCAAAACUGUAAUGGCCUUCCUACAGUUUCAUUAAGUUGUGUUUUGCUGCAACUUCAGGGAGCUUUAGGAGGUUCCAGUGGCAAGAUGUUGAUGUUUGUUUAUGUUACAGUUCAAAGAGAGAAACAAGCUUCAUUCUUCAGUUUUAUUGUUAUGCUUUCAAAUGUUUAUUUACGAUGAUUCAAUGAAUAUUGUAACUGAAGUAUACAGUUGGAGAUGUGUUUUGGUUUUUGAUAUGUAAAUCCUUAAUAAGUGUUAAACAAAUUUGGUUUGCAUAUUUCCUUUGUUUUGAAAAUACGUUUUGUAUCUACACAUAAACAUAAACACGUAUGAAAGGGAAAACAGCCACGAUAAGAAAUGAAAUAAAAUUGUGAGGUUUCAUUGUCAUCGAGUUCCUCUUCAGACGGACAAAUAGUCAAAAGGAUCUCGUUCCAUUUUGGGUAUUUACGGCUGGUGAUGAGCACUCUGACAGGCCCGGAACAUCACGGUUUUGUUUCAUUUCUUACUGUGGUUGCUUUCCUUUUUCAUCUUUGUGCAUACGUUACUGUAUCUUGUGUUCAUAGACACACGCACAUGCACACAUGCGUGCACACACACACACACACACACACACACACACACACACACACACACACACACACACACACACACACACACACACUCACACACACA